GUAUGAGAUUUGUUUGGGUGUUUCACUUUAAUAUGUUAGUACAUAUUUAUAUAUUUUUGGUUUGCGACAAGUAGGUCAAACGUUCAAUAAUAAAACGACAUUUAUUGACAAAUACAAACUUUUUUAACAUGAAGUGAACAAUAUUUAUUAUAAAAAUAAAUAAAAUUAAGUAUAAAACCAAAUUCUUAGAUUUUUUAUUAUGUUUGUACAGCGUCUUUAAAUACUUGCUUCUUUUAUAUAAAGAAGUUUAUAAUCCCACAAGAAAUCAAUGCCUUAAAGUGUAUCUUCUGGCAAAAAGUACGUAAACCUUUCAAGUCAUGAGUAAGAAGACUGUAAUUAUACACAAAAAUGGGCUUUUAUCAUCAGGAAAGAGCAUUGAACUUGAUUCAAAUAUAGAAGACUUGCUGAAGCAAUCUUUUACGUUAUUGAAUAUUUCCCCAAAACGAAUAUUUUUGGAAGAUGGCACGGAAAUUAAAGACGCCGCGUAUAUUAGAAACAAUGAUAAAUUAUUUGUAUCAGAGGGUGAAGAUUUUAAAAAACCCGUCACCAAAAUUAAAUUUGAUGAUUGGAUAACAUUGAAUGUGGGAGGAAAGUGUUUCACAACUUCAAAGAGAACAUUGACAACAAGUGAACCCACUAGUAUGCUGGCUAGAAUGUUCUCAGAGGAUGAUGAAGGUUUCGCUUUUGCUCCCAGUUCCAUAGAUAAAAAUGGUGCAUUUUUGAUAGACCGUAGUCCAACAUAUUUCGAGCCGAUCCUGAAUUAUUUAAGGUGCGGCCAAUUAGUUUUUGAUAAGCAUAUUAAUCCUAGAGGUAUUUUGGAGGAAGCAAGAUUUUUUUGUAUUGAAUCUAUUAUACCCACUUUAGAGUGCAUGAUACAAAAUGACACUGUAUGUAGAGAUGCCUUACCAUUAACCAGAAGAGAUGUGAUUGAUGCCUUAAUAAGAAGUUCGUUCAAUGCGGAGCUCCGUUUUCAAGGUGUUAACUUAGCGGGUGCAGACUUAAGUAGAUUAGAUUUAAGGAAUAUCAAUUUUAAAUAUGCUAAUUUGCAAGGCUGUAAUUUGGUGGGCUCUAAUUUGAGCUGGUGCUGUUUAGAAAGGGCUGAUUUGUCCCACGCUAACUUAGAUCAUGCCCACCUCUUAGGUGUUAAGAGUUUAUGUGCUAAUUUAGAAGGUGCCUCAAUGAAGAAAUCCAAUUUCAAAGAUCCUGGUGGCACGAGGGCCAAUAUGGAGGGUGUCAAUUUGAAGGGGGCUGAUUUGGAAGGCAGUGAUAUGGGUGGCGUCAAUCUGAGAGUUGCCACAUUAAAAAAUGCCAAUCUUAAAAAUUGUGAUUUAAGGGCUGCUGUUUUGGCUGGAGCAGAUUUAGAAAGUUGUGAUUUAUCUGGUAGUGACUUACAUGAGGCGAAUUUGCGGGGUGCUAAUUUAAAGGAUGCUGCAUUUGAGUUGAUGUUAACACCACUGCAUAUGUCACAAGCCAUACGCUAAAUGGUUACAUUUGGAAACACCCUUUUUAUUUAAUUUGUGUAGUUGUAAUAUUUUUCAUAUGUAUAUAGGUCUGAUUGAUUUUUAUUUGUUAGUUUGGUAACUACAACAUAUUUAUUGAAUUAUUAAUAAAACAUAUUAUAGAAUUAUAAUAUAUACACAUAUACACAGUGUACAA